AUGUCGUCCUCCACCAGGUCAAGCAGAAUCGCUCGAGUCCCCGCACAUCACCAGAGAGACUUGGACGCCUUCAAGCAGAGGUCUACAAGUAUUGAUGUGGGAUCCUUCUUCAACUUGAAGAUGCGCGAGUUGGAGAACGAACUCAUGCAGAGCCGCUGCUUCAUUAAUGGGUUGACAGCAUCAAAGCAACAGGGUAUAAUCGGGGACAAACAGUUCCACGACGAACUCGAAGUUUAUUUGCAGGAGUUUUUUGAGAAACACAGUACCUCAAAGAUCAUGAAGCGCGAGGCCGAAUUCCUUGAAGAAGAUUUCCAAGAUGCCAUACUGGCAAAGAAGCCCCGUCAUGGAGAGAUGGAGCUGGAGUUCCUCGAACGAUCCUACUGCGACACGAUAAUCCCUCGGGUCAUGGCGGCUAGUAAUAAUGCAUUGACUGCCAAUAAAUCAAAGAAGAGCAAGCAAAGCCAGUUUCGUGCAGACGUGCACGAAUACUACGGUAUUUCUGGCGGCGAUGAUUCAUUUUGCCAUGUCUUGAACAUGCACCUCAACGGUAAACUCAUCAAGGCUGCACACAUCGUACCAAAGUGUCUUAGUCCAGAGGAAGUGGCCCAUUUAUUUGGGCAAGAAAUGAUAAAUACUAUGGACGCCCGCAACGGUCUUCUCCUCCACCGGUGUAUUGAAAAUGCCCUCGACUGUGGGGAUAUUGUCAUUGUCCCCGUUGGUAGUGAGAUCAAUCAACCUUCUCGAUGGAAGUGUGUUUUGAUUAAUGAGGCCAGACGCAACGAUAUCAUUUGGCAAGGCUUCUACCAGACUCCAAAUAGGGAAAUCAGAAGAAGCAAUGAUUCCCUGAAGAGGAUGAAGCUGAUAAAAUCACAGGAUAUCGAUGGCAAAGAGCUUACCUUCACAAACGAUCACCGCCCCCGGAAACGCUUUCUUUAUUUCCGAUUUCUCAUCUCAUAUCUCUGGGCUAAGCGGAAGGGGCGAGAGAUUUCCGAAGAAAAGGUCCAGGCACGGCGCGUGUGGCCGACGAUCGGCCGAUAUCUUCGUAAAUCGACACUCCAAGCGCUAUCCAGGUGUAUUUCAGGAUCCGAACUGGACCACAAAAUGGCAGAGGCUAAAUUUGAUGGCCCUGAUGAUGAGGCAAAUGAGGAGGCGGGGUAUACAAUGUCUAAAUCCAUCAUCGAUAAAGCCGAUCACUACAGCGCCACGGUGGAUAGCAUUUCACGUAUGACACUGGAUGAAGAGACUAGCGAUUCAGAGGGCAACUGA